CUGUUUUCUUUUGAGAGUCAUAGUUGAAUUGUCUAAACUUUUGAGAUAGAUUCAUCAUGUUGAGCUCGCCGGCUCUUCCAUCAUCUCUUCCACCACUUCCCACUCGCGUUCCUGUUGGCGACGCUGGGCCAAGGGUAGUUACUCCCGACAAUGCUACGUCCCAGAACGAUGAAGAGUUUCUUGAGCUUCUAACGGGAGCCGCAAGUGGCGGGGCAAUUCCUCUGCCACCAGGAAAAGCACAAUCAUAUAUUGCUAUAUUCGAGGAUGCCUUGGAACAACUCGCUGUAUUGGGAGACAUCGGGGGAGGAGGUGACGGUGCUGUGACGGGGAAAGCAGAAACCCGACCGCUCGGCGAUCAAAUCACGCGCAUUCUCAAAGACCAAAGGGCGUUAGAAGCACGUUACGAGCAACUUCUCGUUGAGCAAGAUAAACUUAAGAAGCUACCGAACAAAACAAAAUUUAAAGAGAGUCAGAUUGCCAUUUUGGAUGUGACAAAUGAAUUAAAGCAGAGCUCACAAGUCCUAGCCACAAACCUUAAAUCGCAUCCCAAUGUGGCCAAAAACCUUCUCAAAAUACAACAAGAGCGAAGCGCAUUACAAACCCUGAUCGGCAGAACCAUACGGGAACUGCGUGAACAUCGUUUUGAUAGUUUGAUGAGCACCGUGGAAGAGGAGUAUAAGAAACGAAAUACAUUGCAAGAUACCAUUGAUCGCGAGCGAGACGCUUCUCAGCUGCUUAGGUCUUUACAUAAAGAAUUGUCGAACGAGAAGAAGCUUUUGGAAGAUGAAACUAAUGACAGGAAUCAAGUCAUUCAGCAACUGAAGGAUACCAUUCAAGAAAUAAACAUUCUUACCAACUCGGAGCAAAAGUACAUCAAAAAGGAAACUAAAGCGCAUGAGAAUAGUGUACGCCAAAGAUGUCAGCAUGAAGAAACGAGACUGAUGGAGGACAAGUCAGUCCUCUCCAAACGACUAGAACAGGAGCAAAGAGCACACGAAAAAAUUGUUGACUUUUUGACAAGACAGCGGGAGACCUUGGAAAGGCAGAUUCAGGAUUGGAUGACUAAAUAUGAGGAAGAUACGGAGGCGAAAUCUACGGAAAUCGAGACCCUCAAACAGAAAAGAAGUCAAGACCUUGAUAAAUUUGAAGAGCUCUUGGCUGCGUACGAAGAGCUGGAAAAGAUCGUGGAAGAAGAUCGUGCAAAUAAGCAACGGGAGGCGGAAAGACUCAAGAUUGAAAAGCAGCGAGAUAUGGCAGCAAGAAUGGUUCAGCGAUGGUGGAGAAGAAGGCUGGAGGCGAAGAAGCAAAGCGCCAAGACCGUCAAGUCAGCUAAAGGGAAAAAGGGUGCAAAGGGGAAGGGCGGAAAGGCGACCGCACCGGGAACGGCCCAGUCCAAAACGCGGGGGAAAACGCCAACCAAAAAGUAAAGCAUAGCGAGCUUCCGCGGGAAUAAUAGAUGGUCCUCAAGUACAUCUGGAUAUUUCUUCCACUUUUUGCCCACAGCGGGGACAUGGGAACGAGUGAUCCGCCAUUAUACUCGUCCUGAUUUGCCAUGCAGUCAGUUAAACUCCGAUUAACGAUAAUGAUGUGACGAGAUAAAACUUACUUAAUGCAAUAAUAGCAGUAGACAUGUCCACAGUUUGUUCGAUAAGGGGUAUGUACUACAGUCUUUGGGGCGUCUUUCGCAUGGCAAAUCGCACAGAUGUGGUCAGGGAGGUCUACAGUCACAGGGCCAG